AAGAAUGCUACGUCCAUCAGCGGCGACACCUCCGAACCUGGGUCGGCAUCUUGAUGUUGAGAAAUGCCGGCUCGGCUCGGCUCGGGAUCUCCGUUCCCGAUUCGGCCGGAAAAAGGGCGAGAGUCUUUUGGUCCGUCUACACCGGGUUAGGGAAACACUGUCCCAGCUCCAAAGAUGCCUUUGCCGACCCGAUGGAGGACGUUUGCGGAGAUGAUGCCGAAAUUCUGAGCUUCAGGCGAGAUCAACAUUCCCCGAUUCAACAACAAAGGAGCUUCCGAUGUCGCUCGCUUGAUCGAAGAUGCUUAUAUGGUGUCGGCGUCGGCAUGUCCUCUUCUGUCGCCCUCGCUUGUCAUUCCCAUUCAGACAAUCACCGUACACCAUGCUCGUCAACAAGAACAGAAAACGUGCCGAGUUGGGGGGCCUCGAGGUGCCGCUUGAGCCCAUCACCCCAUGCACAGUGGGCGAAGCCGGCUACGAGGGACUGAAGUCACGCGCAGAGGUGCUACCAAAAGGCUGGCAGCACCCAAAACACCCCGGCGCCAAGGCUUUGCCAUGCGAUAUUCUCGUUGAGCACGAUGUUGCCAUCCCGGUGCGAGACGGCAUCACCCUCUAUGCCGACAUUCUUCGGCCGACAGAGUCCAGUUCUGGGGACAAUGGCAAAGUCCCCGCCCUGAUCUGCUGGUCUCCCUUUGGCAAAAAGUUCAAUGGCAUCGAGUCACUGCGAUACAUGACGCCAUGGGCACUGGGCGUUCCUACGGACGCGCUCUCUGGCCUGGAGAAAUUCGAAGCUCCUGACCCAGCAGACUGGAUUCCCCGGGGAUAUGCUAUAGUCAACGUUGACUCUCGAGGCUCCGGAGAUAGUGGUGGCACUAUGGUCAUAAUGGGCCAGCAGGAGGCCGAAGAUGGCUACGACACUAUUGAGCACGUUGCCAAGUUGCCCUGGUGCAGCGGAUCUGUCGGCCUCGCCGGGAACUCCCACUUGGCCAUCGUCCAAUGGUUCAUCGCCGCCUUGCGUCCACCCAGCCUGAAGGCCAUAGCGCCAUGGGAGGGUUGUGGGGACUUGUAUCGUGAGCAGUUUGCGCGUGGAGGCAUCUACGCCGGAGACCUCUUUGACCAGCUGAUUGUGAAGCACAUGAUGCACGGCAAGGGAGACCUUGAAAGUUUCCGGCUCAUGUUUCAACAGCACCCGCUUGCAAAUGCCUGGUGGAACGACAAGAGGCCUGAUAUGAAGAAAAUCAACAUACCGACCUAUAUCACAGGCACUUGGACCAACACAAUGCAUGGAAUGGGCGCCAUCAGAGCGUGGCUCGAGGUGGACAGUCCGCAGAAGUGGCUGAGAUGGCACCCUUGGCAGGAAUGGUACGACUUGUGGGGGAACAAGCAGGCCAAAGAAGAACUGUAUUCCUUCUUUGACCACUUCCUCAAAGGCGCCGAGAACGGAUGGGAGCAGACCCCGCGCGUCCGCAUGGCCGUUUUGCGAUUCGGCAACAAGGAGCCUCAAUCUUUUGAGAAUAUUGUUGAAGAUGAGUUCCCGCCUGCCAGGACUCAGUACCGCCAGGCCUUCCUUGGCCAGGAUCAAAAGCUACUUCUGGGUCAAGAUGCAGGCCCCAGAGGCACGCUAAGCUACGAUUCCGAGUCUGAUGAUUGCCUCAACUUCACGCACACAUUUCCGGAAACGACCGUAAUCAUGGGCCUUCCUAAGGCUGUUCUCUACCUGUCCUGCAAGGAUCACGACGACAUGGACGUCUACGUCACCCUCGAGAAGCUCGACAAGAACGGUGAUCAGAUGAUGAACCUGAACAUUCCCUGGGGUGGAAUUCCAGUCAACUCUUUCGGCGAAUUUAAGCCUGAAGAAGCUACCGAGGUGGUUGUCUACAAAGGACCAUGCGGAAUUCUGAGGGCAUCGCAUCGCGCGAUUGAUCAGUCGAAGAGUAUGCAUCCGCACUGGCCUUUUCAUCCUCACGAGUCAGAGGAGAAGGUCAAGCCAGGCGACAUAGUCCGGCUAGACAUUGGCAUAUGGGCCACUGGAAUCGAGUUCGAGGCGGGUGAGAGCAUCAGAGUAGUGGUGGGCGGUCGCAACAGGUGUGUGAGCAAUUUUGGGUCGCACAAGCAUGUGAAGAACCGGGGAAGGCAUCAGGUUCACAUUGGUGGCGAGUUUGGCAGCCAUGUGAUUCUCCCAUUUGUGUAACAAUAGCCUCCGAAUGGAAGAGACAAG